AUGGAAGAACCUUCAGAUUUGCCGGGAUACUUUUAUGAUCAAACAAAGAAAAGAUAUUUUAAGAUUGAAAAGCAUGAAACACAUGAUUCUCUCACUAAAAGAGUGGUGGAUACAUUCUUCUCUACAUCAGAAAUUCAACGUAAGAUUAAUGUGAUGCUUUCCCGUCAUGGAGAAAAAAACCAAAAUAUUCUUCGGAUGUUAAGUCAUCGCGAAACAUCAACUUCUCCUUCCCCUAAUGCUUCAUAUGACUGGUCACAUUGUUAUAUGCGAAAUAAAGAGUGUAGACAAGUGAUUCCAAUUAGAGGACCGAUCCGUAAUGCUUUAGUGUGUCCAAAUCACAAUUUACUUUGCUCACUCAACUCUGAUUCAGUGCGAAUUUUUUCUUUCAAAUGGUGUAUCGAUGAAUCAUCAAUUGAAAAUCAGCCCAGAUUUGAAUUGUAUGGCAUCAAAACUAUUGUUCCAGAGAAUAUUGGUUGCCUUCGUUUUCUUGAUUUCUGUUGGUAUGUACCUGGACGUAAAAUUAUUUUGUUCGUCGAGUCCGGUUUGAGAGUUGUUUUAAUCACUUUUGAUGUUUCAGAUGGAUCUUACUCAUUGACACCAGAGUUAACUACCCCAUCCAGUUGUUCUUUAUUUCGCUUCACUUCACCUUAUCUAGUACCCGAAAAUUCUGCUUAUAACAAACUGCACGAUCCUCAUUCUUUAACUAUAUUGACUAGAAAUCAAAUAUAUAUAAGCGAUUGCUUGGAUUGCAGUCCUUUAUAUGUGUGCAACCCUAUGGGUCAAUCAGUCAGGAAUCGUAGAAAUAGACUUAUGUUUACAGCUUGUUGUGAAGCUUCAUUUUGGAAGUCAUUUGAUUCUGUACAGAAGUGUAUCGAUUCUGUAAAUGGUCGACAACCUCUAUUGUAUGUGGCUGGUGUGUUAAAUGAGAAAGGCUUUUUGUCAUUGGUUGAACCAUCUUUAACUCCUCAUAAAAGUGUUCAGCUAAUUAAUUUUCAAACAGGUUAUUGGAAUACAUUUGCACAACGUAUACCUACAAAUGCAAAUAUGGAGAUAAGUAGUUUACAAUGCCUUGGUACAUAUUCUGGUGAUCGUUUAGGUCUUAUUGUAGGCCGAAGAUGUGGAUUAAUUGAAUUAUGGGAUGAACGUUUCCCUAAUAAAUCAGUUAUUGAAUAUUAUGGUUCAAAUGGUACUACAUUCAUGUCAUUAUCAUCACAUAUUCCACCUUUCCCAGUUAUUGAUCCAGUUUUACAAAAAACUAUGGCUUGUUCAUUAUUACCAAAUCAUCAUAUUGGUAUAUGGAAUUUACAAACAGGCAAGGUGAUUGAUGUCCAACGACUAUCACAUCCUAUAUCACACGCUGUAUCAUGUUCCCCGCCAGUUCUAAUUCAUCGUACAAGCUGGAGUGAUAAAAGUGGUAUAGUAUACAAUGAUCCUGCUAUUUUAGCAUUGGAUAGUAGCUCUAUUUACAGUUUUGAUUGGUAG